AUGGCGAGCGGAGGAUGCCUAGCUUGGGAGGGUCAGUCUAGGGCGUCGCUCAGUGUGGAGAGGGGUGCUCGGCGUGGGGUGAGGGAGGCCGCGCGCCGUGGGAGGCGGGACCUCCAGGCCGAUGCGGGGAUGAGGGUGGGGAUUAAAUCCGGGCUGGACAGGGAUGGAAAGAGUGCUCCCGUGAGCCUUCACGGACGGGGGACGGGACGGGACGAGAGAAAUUUGCCUCUACGGGGACGGGGAUGGGGCAGUAACCCCGACGGUGAAUUUUCCGUUGACAUUUCGAGUGAUGCAUUCACGGGACUGACAGCGCGCAGUGGCUGCUCAUUCAACUACUUCAUGCCUCCAACUAGACGCCUUGUCACCACCAACCAUCAGACUUAUGAAUCCACUACACUCAGAUCUGAAACAAGCAAGGGUAGAAGCAUGAGUGUGGUGACCGGGGCGCUGGGAAGCCUCGCCCCCAAGCUUGCGAAGCUGCUCCAUGACGAGUAUAAGCUCCAGAAGGGCGUGAAGGAGCAAGUGAAGUCGCUCUCCCGCGAGUUGGACAGCAUCUACGCUUUCCUCCACAAGGUCUCGGAUGUGCCAUGGGACCAGCUCGACGAGCAGGUCAAGUUGUGGGCGCGCGAGGUCAGGGAGGCAUCCUACGACAUGGAGGAUGUCCUCGACACCUUCCUCGUUCGCGUCGACGGCGUAAAGAACUCCGACUCCAGCAGCCUCAUGACGAAGCUGGGUGAGCUGUUCAGCAAGGCCAAGGCUCGCCGUGAUAUUGCAGCAAAGAUCAUGGACAUAACAAAGCAUCUCGAGGAGGAUCAUGAUGCCUCCAAUAAGAAGAUGAAGAUGGUUUCAGUUGUGGGAGUUGGAGGAUUGGGUAAAACCACUCUUGCCAAAGCGGUGUAUGACAAGCUUAAACCACAAUACGACUGCGGGGCUUUCAUUUCAAUUGGUCGGGAUCAUGACUUGGUAAAAGUUUUCAAGGAUAUUCUCUUUCAUCUUGAUAGUGAAAACCAUAAGGACAUUCACAACACUGAGAGAGGCGUCGAGCUCCUCAUUCACCAACUCCGAGAAUUCCUGAAGGAAAAGAGGUAUUUUAUUGUUAUUGAUGAUGUAUGGGAGGUACGCACCUGGGAAGCAAUCGAACUCGCACUUGUUGAGAAUAAUCGUGGAAGUAAAGUAAUCACAACUACUCGAAAUGUUGAUGUUGCCAAAGCAUCUGGUGAGGUUUACAAGCUGAAACAACUUUCCUAUGAUGACUCCAUGAAAUUAUUUUAUACAAGGUUAUCCAGAGCAGACCGAAAGUUCGUUGAUAACCAUCCAGAUGACAUUUCUGAGAAAAUUCUAAAGAAAUGUGCUGGUAUACCGUUAGCAAUCAUCACAAUGGCUAGUUUGUUGGCUGGUAAACCAGAAUGCGAAUGGACAUGCUUACUAUAUCUAAGUACAUAUCCAGAAGAUUAUGAGAUCGAAAAGGAUUCUUUGAUAUGGAAGUGGAUAGCUGAAGGAUUUAUUGAUGGGAAACAGGGAACAAGAUUAUUUGAGCUUGGAGAAAGAUACUUCAAUGAUCUCAUUAAUAGAAGCUUGAUCCAGCCAGUGGAGAAUGAGUGGAAUGGCAGAGUAGAAAGCUGUCGUGUUCAUGAUAUGGUUCUUGAUCUAAUGCGUAAGCUUUCAUCCGAUGAAAACUUUAUUGCUAUAUUAGGUGAUAAUGUUGAAGCAACACCACCACCAAGCAGUGUCCGUCGGUUAGCCAACCAAAACAGAAUAGCUGAGCACAUUAAUUCUGAAUCAAUGGUUACUGGGAUGCCAAAAGGAACAUUACAGCAAACACUCGAUGUGCAGGGAACAUUGCCAGCAAGCAUUGUGCACCUAACAGAGCUGGUCCGGCUAUGUGCUGACAAAAAGGAGCUUGCCAGCCUGCGAGAACUGAGGCUGCUUAAAUUUAGCACUUAUGAUGGGGCGGACGAGAGCAUGCAGAGAGAUUUUGUGGAGUCUCUAAGCAAUAUGCAAAAGAUUGAGUAUAUAAUUGUGUACGAUUCACCUUGGCUUGCGGAUACAGCCAUGUGGGAAGCAGCAGGCUUUGUGCUCCCACGACCUCUCCAUUAUUUGGGAUGGCAUGCAAUUAGAUUGUCCAAAUUGCCGUCAUGCAUUAAUCCCAAAAGUCUUCCCAACCUGGCCCACUUGGAGCUGUUUGUGACUACUAUGGAUGAGCAGGAUCUGAAACUCCUUGCUAGGUUGCCGGCGCUCUGUUAUCUCGACCUGAUAACAAAGUCCACCGUAACAGCAAGCAAUAUUAACUCCAGUGAUAGCUGCUUCUUCCAGAAGUUGACGCACUUUGCGACCAAUGCAAUGGUCCUGUUUGAGCAGCCCGACGAGGAGGACACUAGCGUUUCAUUGCAUAUGUGGAAUGGAGAGGAUGCUAUGCCCUUUGCCUCUAGAAAAAACAAUGACUCCAGAAAAGUUAUACCCUCUGACGUGAUGCCAAAUCUUGAAGUGCUACAUUUUAAUUUCUAUUUGCAUUGGCACGGUGGCUACCGUAGGAAUAUUGGCUUGGAGUACCUGCCUUCCCUUCGGGCACUCAGAGGGCAGAUCCUGAUGGUGUCACUGUUGCUGCUCGUGCGUGUCAGCCAUUUGAGUGCUUCUGAGUUUUUGGGAGUUCACGGAUUUUGA